AUGGAUCGCUGUAUCAGAGCUUUACCCGGGGGUGCCAAACGACACGCUUCUCAAAGCUGCCCAGAGACAGUAGAUGCCCUAGUGACGCUGUUGGAGAAUCACCAGGUCACGGUACAGUUGAUGCAAAGCAGUAGGCCACCCAGCCAAUCGGACCCCAGGAGAGACAGGCAGAGGCUGAGGAAGAGCGACACGGAGGCACUGGCCCCAAGCCCGAGGCCCCAAGGGGGUCCGCCCCAGCCAUCCCUCCAGCGCCGCCCCUUUGUGAAUCCGGACCGGCGAAAAUGCUUUGCCUGUGGACAAGAGGGCCAUAUAGCGUGGAAUUGUCCGGGAGAAGACAUUCUGAUGCCUACGGCGGGCUCCUCCGACUCCCCACGGAAGGCCGACAGCUAUCUUACCACGUGCUGGGCUCAUGAGGGCGCAAGGGCCCCAAAGCUGCCGGUCAGAAUAGGGACCCAGGAUGCUGAAGCCCUACUCGACUCCGGCAGUGCGGUCACCCUCCUACGGCCCGGGUUGACCUCUGGCCCCAGGGGACCCCCUAUCCCAGUCUCCUGUGUCCACGGGGAUUCACGAGAGUAUCCCACGACCCACAUUAAGGUCCAGACCACCAGGGGCACAUUUGAGGUUGUUGCGGGCUUAGUGGAAAAUCUGCCGGUACCAGUGCUGAUUGGGCGGGACUGCCCGAUAUUCUGGCGUUUGUGGGCAUGCAGGACUGCUGGCCACCGAAGAAACUGUCCCACCAAGAAACCUUGUAGGGACCAGAAAGUCAAGGUGGCACAUGCCUGUGCAGCCCCAUCUAGCCCAACCACGUCAUCUGCAGAAGGGACAGAGGAGGAGGCCCUGGCCCCAGCGGAGGCCCCGGCCCCAGCGGAGGCCCCGGCCCCAGCGGAGGCCCCGACAAGGAGGGAUCCCCGACUAACUGAAGGGUCUUCGAACGAGGCUUUUUCGGAGUUCCCACCGGCAGAAGAGGCAUCUUCCACCAGGCCCGGGCAGUUUGGGACGGCCCAGUGGGAGGACCCUAACCUGGAACAAGCGCGACAGAACCUGGCUGUGGUCGAGGGAGAACCGGUGGCGGGGGUAAGUGCUAGCACCUUUCCACACUUUUCAAUCAAGAAUGGCCUCUUGUAUAGGGUGGCAAAGCUGGAGGAACGGGUGGUGGAACAGUUGCUAGUCCCCAAGCGCUAUAUUAACAAAGUGUUGUACCUAGCCCACUCCCACCUGUUGGGAGCUCAUUUGGGGGUGGAGAAAACCUACGACCGAGUCCGGGAGCGCUUCUACUGGCCGGGGGUGAAGAAGGCGGUCCAGGAUUAUUGCCAAAUCUGCCCACAAUGCCAGAAGACGGCGCCGAAGGUAAACUACCAGAAUCCACUAAUACCACUACCAAUAAUCGACAUCCCAUUCCAGAGGGUGGCCAUGGAUAUAGUAGGCCCCUUGCCGAAGUCCAGUAGGGGGCACCGGUUUAUCCUGGUUAUCAUGGAUUAUGCCACCCGGUACCCAGAGGCGGUCCCGUUACGCACCGCAAGUGCUAAAGCGGUGGCGAGAGAAUUAUUCCUUCUCUUUAGUAGAGUUGGGAUUGCAAAGGAAGUCCUUACUGACCAGGGAACCUGUUUCAUGUCUCGGGUGAUGAAGGAGAUGUGUAAACUGCUGAAGGUGAGCCAAAUACGAACCUCUGUCUACCACCCACAGACGGACGGCCUGGUAGAACGUUUCAAUAAAACCUUAAAACAAAUGCUAAGGAAGGCUAUUGACGUGGAGGGGAAAAACUGGGACCAACUAAUCCCCUUUGUCUUGUUCUCAAUCCGCGAAGUGCCCCAGGCGUCCACAGGGUUCUCACCAUUUGAGCUGCUGUAUGGACGGAGACCCAGGGGCAUGCUGGACCUGGCCAAAGAAGCAUGGGAGCAACAGCCAUCAGCCCAUCGCUCCGCCAUAGAGUAUGUCGACCAGAUGCAGGACAGGAUGGCUAAGGUAUGGCCCCUGGUGCGGGAGCAUAUGCAACAAGCCCAACACGCCCAAGCCAGAAUCUAUAACCGUAGAGCUCAGCUACGGGAGUUCCAGCCGGGAGAGUUUGUCUUGGUCCUGAUUCCAACGGUGGAAUGCAAAUUCCUGGCAAAGUGGCAUGGACCCUAUGAGGUGAUCGAAAGGGUGGGGGAGGUGAAUUAUAAGGUAAGACAACCGGGAAGGAGGAAAAUCUGCCAAAUAUAUCACAUUAAUCUGUUGAAGAGAUGGCACGCCCCUGACAGUGUUCCGAUGGCCGCACUAACCACCGAAACCCAAGAUCGUGUCCCCUCACAGGUACCUCUGGGCCCCCAUCUGAGUCCGACCCACCGGCAAGACAUGGUGGAACUAACUGGGCAGUUCAAAGAUGUUUUUUCAGACAUGCCGGGAAGGACCACGGUGAUUAACCACGACAUCAUCACCGAACCUGGGAAAAAGGUGAGGCUCCGACCCUACCGCAUACCAGAGGCAAAAAGGGAGACCAUCAAAGAAGAGGUGAGAAGGAUGUUGGAGAUGGGCGUUAUUGAGGAGUCACACAGUGCAUGGUCCAGCCCGAUUGUGUUGACUCCAAAACCCGACGGCAGCGAGAGAUUCUGCAAUGAUUUUAGAAAAUUGAACGAAAUCUCAAAAUUUGACGCUUACCCCAUGCCGAGGGUUGAUGAGUUAAUAGAGCGAUUAGGCCCAGCCCGGUUUGUGUCCACGCUCGACCUCACUAAAGGUUACUGGCAGGUUCCCCUCACAGAAACCGCCAAAGAGAAGACAGCGUUUGCUACCCCAGAAGGCCUGUACCACUAUAGAGUCCUGCCCUUCGGAGUCCACGGAGCGCCAGCUACGUUCCAAAGAAUGAUGGACCAGGUGCUCCGACCUCAUCGGGAGUAUGCAGCGGCCUACCUAGAUGAUGUGGUCAUACACAGCCCCGACUGGACCACCCAUGUAGGCCACCUGAAAGCUGUCCUGGGAAGCCUACGGAGAGCUGGCCUGACCGCCAACCCAAAAAAGUGCCACCUUGGCCUGGAGGAGGCGGAAUACCUCGGCUACACCAUUGGGAGAGGCAGUGUGAGACCCCAAUCCCGGAAAGUGGAGGCCAUUGCCACCUGGCCUAAGCCAGCCACGAAGCGGCAAGUAAAAACGUUCCUCGGCCUGGUCGGCUAUUAUCAGUGCUUUAUACCCCACUUUGCUACUAUUGCAGCCCCUUUACACGAGAUGACGAAAAACAGCCACCCACACCAGGUCCUCUGGAGCACCGAAGCUGAGGCAGCCUUUACAACCCUUCGGAGGGCCCUGUGCACCGAGCCAAUUUUAAGCACCCCUAAUUUUGAGGACACGUUCAUCGUCCAUACAGAUGCCUCUGGAUCAGGGCUUGGAGCCGUGCUGUCCCAGGUCAGAGGAGGAGAAGAACACCCAGUGACCUAUAUCAGCCGUAAGUUGCUAAAGCAUGAGAUCAAUUAUUCAACGUUGGAGAAAGAAUGUUUGGCAAUAAAAUGGGCCCUGACAAAGCUGCGGUAUUACCUCCUGGGCAGAAAAUUCACCCUGGUAACGGAUCACGCACCACUGAGAUGGAUGUCUACAGCCAAAGACACUAAUGCACGAGUUACACGGUGGUUCCUCGAACUGCAAAACUUUAAUUUUUCUGUUGAGCACAGGUCGGGAAAAGCACAUGGAAACGCAGACGCCUUGUCCAGGAGGGAAGAAUGCUAUCUCGUUGACGCUCCUAGCCCCAACCUGGAGCUGGUGGAGGGGGUGUGUGGCAAACCAGGGGGAGGAACAAAGCACUUGGGGCGGAGCCCCAAGCUCCGGUUGGGGGAGGUGAUAAGGGGGAUUUAUUAUCCUGUGCAGGUGCUCCAGCCACUGGGAACGUGGCACUGGUCACACCUGCGGCCUAUCUGGACAAGGAAGCGGGCGCCACGUAGGAGGAGACGCCACAUAUUUCAGUUUGGAAGCCGGUUGGAAGAGCCGUAGUUUUUGACCUUUGUUAUUAAAAGGACCCUUUUUGUUUGCAUUUGCUGUCUGAGUUUCUUAUUUUACGCCCGAAUCUGGCCUCACUCCCCCUGGGUUACC